AUGCAAGCAUCACCAGCCUCGCCGAGCGCCUCGCCGCCAGAUUUCGAUUUCAAUCUGCCGUGUCGCUACUUCAAAAGCUCCUUCGCGCGCUCGCUCUCCAUGUAUAACGGAGGUGGCGGCGGCGGCGGCGGUGGCGCUAAUGAUAUGCAGUGCAAGUCGCUGGAUUUCGAUAUCGGGCAGUAUCGCAAAAUUAGCGCUUUUAAUGGCAACAACAACAAUGACAGUAUUGAAUGCAACAGCCUGGAGUGUCCACCUUUGCCGCAGCGCCGACAAGUGGCAACCACAGCGGCCGGCAAGAAUGAGGCCAACAACAACUACAGCAACAGCAGCGGCAAUGCUUAUGUAGAAAGCGACGCCAGCAGCGAUGAGACGGCCGAAGAGGAUACCAAGCCGCCAGCAAUACCGGCGCGCUGUCCCAUUGUUGUCGCCAAAUCAAAGUCAGCCGGCGCGUUGAAUAUGCAGCAACAACAACAACAAAUGUUGGCACAAUUCAGGCAUGUGGCGAUUGCCGAGAAUGCGAACGCAAGCGGGAAUGCGGUUGGCAACGUAGCCACAGCCGCCAUUCAUGGAAAUUUUAACAGGCCAAUUAAUCACAACACAUUGCCGCCACAGCAACAACAGCAGCAGCAGCAGCAACCGCAUCAACAAUUGAAUGGCAAGGCAAAUAAUGCCAACAGCAUCAACAACAACAACAACGAUGGUGAUGUGCUAAGCGGCACAAGAGCUGGCCGAAGCCGCUGCAAUCUAAGCAACAGAAGGAAUGUUUGGCCUACAGACCGCGUUGACUUGCAGCAACAACAACAGCAAAAGCAACAACAUCACUAUCCAUCCCAGCAACAGCAGCAGCAACAGGGCCUCCGUCGUUUCCUUUUGGGUGCUAAACACAAUAACACAGAUCAGCAACAAAAAGUGCAACAUUUGGAGAAUAAACAAGGAAAUGUCGCCGAAUAA